GGAGGAGGAACCGGUGAGAAGAGUUGUGAGGAUGCCACGGUCACAUUCAUGCGGCAUUUUUGGAGCUAAGAUACCAACAAGACCUCGACGGAUCAAUAUCUCCGAUGGACAGUAAGUAUAUUUUUUUAUAUGUUGUGUUUUGUAGUGAUUUGUAAUGAUUAAUAUAUAUAGUGUGCGUUAGUUAUUAAUAAUUUGUUCACGAGUUUAUAUUUAUAAUGUUCUUAUAUAGUAUUGAAGAUAAUGAGGCAAAAAAGACUUUGCUUGCGAUUAUUCGGGCAAGAUGGCCUUUGGGUAAAUACACGUUUAGUGACAUAGACGCGGCUUACCCAAAGUGGCUCGGUCUAAGGGUUGAGGAGUUUCUAAAAUAUUAUAGGCAAUUGAAAGGUCAAAGCCGUUCAAAAGCCAAAGCUAUCAUUGAAGAUCACAUAAAGGUCACAAUCAAAAGGACCAUGAAUGAAUUGAAGAGGAGGAUCGAGAGGAAGUCAAGGGAGGAAGGGGUUUCGAAGUUGGCUUUGAAACCGGAAUAUUGGAAUAUCAUUUUUUGGAAAGAUCUUCUCAAGUAUUGGGACACGGAUGAAGGCCACUUGCAUAGGUCGGAAGUUGGAGCUGCUAAUCGGCAACGCGUGGAAAGGUUGCAUAGCGCGGGUGCUCGCUCCUUCAACCGUGUGCGCGAGAACAUGAAAAAUAAAUUGUCUAAAAGUCCGACAAAGCUUGAGGUGUGGGAUGAAUGCCACACUAGGAUCGGCUCCACUCCCGAGAGCCGGAUAUAUACUACCCCCGCCGCUAUGCGCAUUGCGGAACGAUAUGCCUCGAUUCUUGAGCGUAUGCCGGUGGAGGUUACUCAAGCGGGGGAGCGGGAUGAGCCUUGGGAUUGGUGGAUGGAAGCAAUGGAGGUUCCCCAAGGCGAGAGGCCAAAAAAGAAUUAUGUUGUGGGGUUCCCCAAAGCUCGAGCUAGUGAUUUGAUCCCAACACUAGCCACGCGCUAUAGGGAUUCCACCCGUGGCGGCGCCGGCUCAUCCUCAUCCGCUCCAACACAAAAUCCAGUGGUUCCCGAUUCCAUCUUCCUCCCGAUUGUCCGCAAUGUGCUCAAUGAAACCCGUGCCAAUCCUCUGCAAUUUGCUCGUCGCCUAUCGGAUGAGGAGAUAACAACCUUUGCACGCACAGCCCUCGAGGCGUCCGAUCCAGCCGCUGACCCGGCUCGGAGGGCGGAAUGGAAUAACCUUCUUGGCGGCGAGGUUGUGCAUAUUGUAGGGACAUUGCUCGAGGAUGUCCUCCAAAAAAUGGAUGCUCGUGCUAAAAUGGCAACUGCGCAAGAGGGAGAGAAAGAUUACACGGAUGUGGACGAGGACACGGAUGAAAACACGGAUGAUGAGGGUGAGGGUGAAGCCGGUGGCGAAGGUGGUGGGGAAGGCGGUGGUGAAGGCGGUGGUGAAGAUGGUGGCGAAGGCGAUGGUGAAUCAUCCGAUGUUUCUUUGACCGAUUAGUGUAAUUUAUAAUUUAAUUUUAACGGAUGGUAUAUAUUAAGACAAUGGUUGGAUUUGGAUUGUGGUGAAUGUUUGUGUUUUGAAUGUUUGGAUUUGGAUUUGUAAUUAGAAUGUUUGAAUUUGUAAAUAGAAUGUUUGGAUUUGGG